CAUCUAGCAGGAGACAAGUUUCUUAAAAGGUUGUAAAGACAAAGUGAGCUGUAAGAGAAGUGUUUAGUGAGGCUCUUUCAGACGGUUUUAUUGCCUUCCUCUGCUACAAAACAGGCUGCCUCGGCUGACACUUGUUUUAAUGAGGGAUGAACCACAACAGGGGUGCUUUUGUACAAGUUCAUUACAUUGAAUCCUCCAGCCAGACUGUCCUCAGGGCACACCGUUGGAUGAAACUGGACCAGUUUUAAAUCAUUUACAGAGGUAUAAAAUCCAAAGAACCUCCGAUGCUGAGGACAUCUCUGUGUGUGCUCAGGCAUGUGACUGCUGGAGAGGAUGAGAAUUUCAAGUGCCGUGCUCCUUCGCACUUUUGUUGAUCACGUUCUGUUUUUUCUAUUCACUUCUCCUGGGAUUGGUGUCAAAAAUAGAUUUCCACAUCUUAUGCCAGCAAAGGCCAGGGAAGAAAAUGAUGUGAGCUUAACGUUUAAAGGUUGACUUCAAGGCAAACAUGCAGCCUCCCCCUGCCAACCUCCAGGUCAGCUUCACUCUCCAGAGCCAGCAUUCUAUUGUGGUUGUUAACAGCAUCCAAAAUACCAAUAUUCCUCAUCCAUCUUGCAAAAGAGUGUAGUGGUUUCUCAUAUUCACUGAAAGGUGAUCUGCCUUUACAUAAAGGCCUUCUUCUUCUAAGCACAAGUAUUUACUAAAACCCACAGGAAUCCAUAAAGAAUGAUGGGACAUUUUUCUAAAAUGUCAUGCCUGUACAUCUUCCACCUUCUGUGAUUCAGAAGGAGCAUAAAAGGACAUAAAUCAUUCAACUGCUGUGAUUCACUGCCUUGAUUCAUCCACUUGAUACAAAUAUCCAGAGAUCAAAGUGGUACCUCCUUCCUCCCUCCCCCCCCUCCAAGAUUUAAAUGAUUUUUUUAAUGCUUGUCAUAAAAGUGGACUUCCAGCUAAAGCUAAAGCUUCUCCUGAUUGAUAUUGGCUAUUUUAGGUAGCGAGUCUCCUGCAGUAAAAAUUGACACUUCCUUUAAGAAUCAUAUGGUGCAGUACCUAAAGCAAUGUACUCUGCACAUGUGUUUCCUCCCUUACCUAGGCUGAACAGAGGACACUGAUAGCUCAGGGUGUUUCUGGGCAAACAUUUACAGGGAAUUAAAAAAAGAUGGAAAUUUCUCCCCUGUGAAGGAAUCUGGGAGCCCCCCUAUACCUUCUUGUAUUAACUUUGCAGUAGAUGAAGGUGUUAAACUGGCAUGUGUCUACCAACAGGGGAGUGAUCCUUUCAAGUCCUCUGCUUCGUCCCCACUUGUGAAAUUUGUUGUGCCAGUGGGACGAGGCUGGCUAUAAAACCCCAGUGCAGGGGAUCUCUGUCCAGCUCAGGCAGCCUGCCAGCACAUCUCUGCUGAGAGCAGCCCCAGAGAGAUCCCCCCUUCAUCUCUGCCAGGCAGGCAGCUGCUUUACUGACGGAGGAGGAUGGACCUGAGGUACGCCUGGAUGCUCUGCAUGCUCUGCCUGGUCAUCACGGUCCAAGCAUUUACCCAGGAAGGGUUCAAGGAGGCGUUCCUGAAGCAGCUGGGGCUCUCUGAGAUCCCUAAACUUCAUAAGAGAGACUUGGUGGACCUGGUUAUCCCAGAUCACGUCAAGAACAAGUACAUCUCCAUGCUAAAGCGCCAGAGGGUGAAGCGCCGAGCUUUGCCGAGCCUGGCCGGCAUCCUAAGGGGGAUCCCUGGCAACGCAGGUAUGCCAGGAGAAGUCCUCUACUCAGACACCACCACGCGCCAGAACCUGAUCUUUGACAUGGAGGGCAGAAUACCUAAAAACAGCGAAGUCACAAUGGCUGAACUAAAACUCUUCAAAAAGCCUCUGGACAGAGCAAACCUUCCUGCCAGGCAGUCUCACAGGCCUGUCUCCAAUGCCAGAGUCAGCGUGUACUGGGUGCAACGGCAGCACGAUGGUACCAACAGGACCUCUCUGAUAGACUCCAGGCUGGUUCCCAUACGCGAGUCGGGCUGGAAGAACUUCGACGUGACACAGGCUGUGCAUCACUGGCUGCGAAACAAGAGGCAGGAGCCAAUGUUCCUGGAGGUCUGGAUAGAAGGAGAGAGAGUGGGCAGCUAUGCCUCGGAGAUGGCCAAAGCCGUGCGUUUCACCUCUCAGGACCCCAAGGAUAAAGCCCUAGGCAAACCUGAACUGGUGCUUUACACCCUCAACUUGGAAGACUAUGAGGGCCCCGGGGACUGCAGGGAGGAGGCGAUGCUGGGGAAGUCCACCUGCUGCCGGCAGGAACACUACAUCAGCUUCCGCGAGCUCUCCUGGGCGCGGUACUGGAUCAUCGAGCCGGCAGGGUACCAGGCUUACCGGUGCUCAGGGGGCUGCCUGCAGCCCCCCAGCCCCCUGUGGGACUUCGGCUACGGGGAGCGCACCUGCGCCGUGGCGGAGAGCUCCUCACUGCCCAUGAUGUACCUGGUCAAGAGGGGCAACCGCACCGAGAUCGAAGCGGCCGAGUUUCCCAACAUGGUCGUCGAGAGGUGCAGCUGUGUCACGGAUGGCAUGGCACUGGUGUGAGAAGUGGGUGGCUUGGGGUCUCACCCAGUCCCCCAUUUCCCUGCUGGCCUGCCAAGAGCCACCCUGGCCCCCAACCCUGGGGCCGGUGAUAAAGGUCGUGGGGGGGACAUCUGCCUGCAAGGGUCAGCAGCAGCUGGGGCUGGGGCUCCCCCCGUGCCCUGCUACCCUGCAGAGAGAGUGCACUUGAAGGCGCUGUCCAUACAGGUGGGCUCAGAGGACCAUGCAUCUUCACAUGUACCUGUGUAAGGGUACCUACGGAGCCUAAUGCUUCUCAGGGCCCCCUUGAUGGUAGAUAAAUUUCACUGAAUUUGGUGGGACUGUGUCCAAGUUAUUUCAGUCUCCACCCUGGAGUAUUGCAAACAGCUACAGGCAAAGGAACAGUGACCAUCACCAGGUGAAAAAAGUAAUGCAUGGGCUCAGCUUUUCAUUCUUAGACUCCUGGGUUUAGCCCUUGUCUAUCCAAGUCAUGUUUAUGGUGAAUUGCAGAGCAGAAGCACUUACAUGUAUAUAAUCUAUACACACACACAUACACACAUGCACAUAGUAUAUGAAUAUGUGUAUGUAUUGUCUACAUACUGGAUAUAUACACAUUGACUACAUGCAUAUAUGUACAUAUAUGUACAUAAAAUAUUGUCUACAGCUCAAAGGGCAUAUAUAUAUGUGUGUAUGUAUUGUAUGCAUAUAUACAUAUCUACAUGUACAUAAAAUAUUAUCUGGAACUCAACAGUUUAUAUUUUUGGUGCCUGCACUGUGGGCUUAGCACAGUUUUAGGCAGAAUUUAGAGUCCUGGAAUCAACAGGAAUAUUAGGACUUAGGUUUGCUCUCAAGAGUAACAGUUUGUUUUUCUGAUUCUGUAUUACAGUUACUUCAAUUUAGGGAUAUUUUCCAAGUCUUGUGUGCUUUCAAACUCAAGGAAAUAAUAAAAUAUAAUUACUAAAGUA